AUGGCUGCGACGGCCGGCGGCGGCGUUAGUGGAGGGGCUAAGGCGGCGGUGGCGGAGCAGAUAGCACAGGCAGUGCGGUCCACCUCCAACCUCCUCCAGCUCAUGGAGCAGUCCUCCCCCGCGCAGGUCUCCCGCCUCCUGUCCCCAUCUCGUCUUGGUUGGUUCUCGAGUGUUCCGGUUAUAUGCAUGAUUUUACAGCCGUUUGCUGAUCACAAGAAUCAACUGGCUUUGCCAAAUUUGUGUGAAAUUGACUAA